CUAAACUGGAAGAAUUAUUUAGUGCCGCUUUUAUUUACAUGUUCACCGUUGAAUGGCCAUGGCCAGGUGCUGGAGCUCUAGUGGAGGUGUAUUGGCGUCGAGUGUCAUUUUGGCAAGGUGGCCCCAAGCUCCCGGGUGUUCAGCCUUGUGCCUCAGAUCACCAACACCACUUUUCUCUGCGCAGAGAUCCACUGUAGGUAAGAUAGGAAUAUGCCCGCCCUCAUAUCAUUGACUUGAAAGGCAUUCCUUUUAUUCUUUCCGCUGGCGGACAGCAAUUUUCCUCUUUCGCCCGCGAAGCCCUGAAAAAAAGAAACUGCCAAAUUGUCAGCCCUGCGUGUGGAGGGACAUCGACUCGUAUAUCAUUUUAGAAGCAAUAGCCGGGCAGCUUUCAAAUCCACAACAACACCACCGCUCCCGCCAGAUUCGAAGAGAAAUUCGUGAUGGGAAUUCUCGGUAUGCCGUGGGGCCUGACCGGCACCCUUUUGGCUUCCACGUACCUGCAUUCGCUCUGCGCUUCUGCUAGUCCUUCAAUCAAUGUUAAUCUCAAAGCUUCCUUUGCUCCAGCUCCAUACCUUCUUGAAUUAUUGUAAAUCACUCUCUUCCCUAGCGAGUUCUUCCUGGUCUAACCAUCUGUAGAGAAACGGCUGCAGAUGAGAACGCUACCAGCUACUUUCCCUUGCUCGAUCGAAUUGCGGAAGGUCAUUUCUCCAAGCCAACAACGGAUCAAGAAUUGUAUGAACUUUUUAUAAAAGUCCUGAGGGAUGAUGGGCACAUGGCUGACUCGGAGGCCCUGUCCUCCUACAAAUUUGCCUUGUCAAUGCGAUCUGCCGCACCUCGAAUCGAAGCCCAUUACCAAUAUUACCAUACGGCUGCCGAACCAUCUUUGGCGGCCCAAGAAGGUACAUCAUGUCCCGCAUGGGUACUGUUUCACGGCAAACAAUACUGCUCACCAUCGCUGGAUGCUUCGAAAGGGGAGGUUACUGGGAAAACGUAGGUAUCCAAAAACUAACAAUUAUUAAGACAAGGCUAAUUAUGGUUCAUAGCCAGACGCAAGAACUUCAAUUUGAUCGAGUCUUGGGAGACCUUUCGGCUCCUGCUUCUAUUUUAUAUGCAGAUAUUACAUCUUCGGAUUUUGGAAAAUUCCACAAAACCUUGGUAAAAACUGCCCGGGAAGGCAAAACUUCCUACCGAGUUCGUCACAGGAAGGGCCGUUCAACAAAGAUUCAUCGAUCAUUGAUGGUUCCAGGUUAUGGUGUAGAGUUGGCGUUAAAGCGUACAGAUUACAUUGUAAUUGACGACAGAGAGGGCGAGAAGAAUCAGCCUGCAAAGGAUGUCAAGGAGAAGGAAGUCAAGUUCGAAGACGAGGAAUUGGCGGAUUUGAAGCCAUUAUCUACGUCAGAGCUAGUCUCUCUCGGAAUUAAGGCGUCAAGUUUCAUUAUGCAAAGUGAUAAGCCAUUCGAAACGCUUGUCAAGUUGUUGCAAGAUUUCCCAAAAUACUCCAGUGCCAUAGCAUCACACAAUGCUACGAAAGAGUUUGUUGCCGAGCACGAGUAUAACCGUGCUCAAAUGGUGCCCGGAGGCUACAAUGUAUGGUGGAUGAAUGGUAUUCAGAUGAUCGAUCGCCAAAUAGAAGCCUUGAGUAUUCUUGUUAUGCUCAGAGCCGAACGGAAACUCAUCAAUGGCGUCCGAAAUCUGGGUUUGACUGGGCGUGAGGCGAUCGAUCUACUCUCUCAUGAGAAUAUUGCGCUCGUGAAGUCUGAGAAAGAACCACUAAGAUUCGACUGGAGAGAUGAUAUUGAAGGAGGUAAUGCCAUCAUCUGGUUGAAUGACAUUGAAAAGGAUACACGUUAUGAGGAUUGGCCAUCCUCCCUCCAAGCAGUGAGUAGUCCUUGAUCGUCAGAUUUUAGUUUCUACAAAUUCUAAUUUCCAAUUAGUUCUUACAGCGCACUUACCCCGGCCAAUUACCGAGCGUGCGAAGGGAAUGUUUUAAUUUGGUGGUACCAGUUGACUUCACUAAUAUCGAGGAUUUGUUACUCGUCACUCAAACGCUCGCUAGUUUCGUGAAGAGAAAGCUCAAUAUUCGAAUUGGGGUAGUGCCGAAAUCUAAUACCCAAAACUCUCUGGAUCAAGCAAGGGUCUUGUACUAUUUGCUGGAUACUUAUGGGCUUUCCACAGCGAUAAGUUACUUGGAGAAGGCCUUUGCUGCCGAGAAGACGUCAGCACCAAGCAAGGCAAUUGCCGAUGAGGCGGUCGACGGCCGAAAUGUCAAACCAGAAAAAGUGGCUCGCUCUAUUGAUGAGAUCGUCAAAUCCGAAGACUACCAGGAGCAGAUCCAGGCCUCCAAAAACUGGAUGAGCAGACUUUCCGCAGACGGCAAGACUCGUAUAGCACUCGUGAACGGCAUCGUUAUACCACGGACGGAUAAUUGGCUCCAUGCAAUGCAACAGAAGGUAACCACUGAUAUACAAUCUGUACAGCAAGCAAUCUUUCAAGACACAUUCGCUUCUGAUGCCUGGCUUCCCUCUUAUUUUUUAUCAAAUGCAGUCACGCAUAGAAAUGCAUUGAUUGUUCCAGAAGAUGAGAAAGACCUGAAGAUUUUCGAUAUCAGCAAAUUUCUAGGUGACAUGCAAGACUCGUUGAACACUUUUCCUGGUGUCAAGGCACACCCUGAUUCCGUCAAAAAAGAUUGGGCUCACAUGGUCUUAAUUACCGACCUAGAGUCUGAAGCUGGAUCGAGUUUACUCGCUGCGACACUUGCCUUUCGCGAGGCGGCUCCAUCUAUUGAAAUUACCAUCUUGCAUAACCCAGGUUCACGAGACAUUGGUACUGGGUUGAGUCACGACUUUUAUGCUCAUGUUCUUGAAAAUCCAGAAAAAUCUGAUACUGUCAACGGAUUGACGGAGGUCAUCGCAUCGGAUAAGAAAAAGGAUGAUGGGCCAACCGUGCAACAAUCAACCGACUUUUGGGACAAUGCAGCUCCGUUCAUUAAGUCUUUAGGCCUUCUGCCUGGUCAAGGGGCUAUUCUUCUCAAUGGUCGAUUUGUGGGUCCAAUUCUAGAAGCUAAUACCCUUACCCAUGGAGACUUUGAGCAACUACUGGAAUAUGAGCGUUCCAAACGUAUAGUUCCAGCAUAUACAGCGAUGGAGGAACUUGGAUUUGCCGAAAAGGUUUCAAAUCCCUUGUCAUUGGCUAAAAUCUCGUCACUUGUGGCAUUGUCAACAAUAUCGGAUACUCCAGAAGGAAUGUUUGAAGGGGCUUCAACAAUUCGAAUGAGCAAAUUCAAUCUGUGGAAUUCUUCACACACUGCCAUAGAGGUUGGGGACAAGUCUACGGCGAGCAUCCAGAUGAUAUUGCUGGUCAACCCUGCAAGUCAACAAGCCCAGAAAUGGGUGCCAAUUCUCAAGGCGAUUUCUGAGCUUGACGGUGUUUAUGUUAAGCUAUAUCUCAACCCUAAAGAUAAAUUGGAAGAACUUCCAGUGAAACGCUUUUAUAGAUAUGUCAUUGACUCGAAGCCAACCUUCACCGAUACUGGCUCCCUUCGACCUGUGGGUGCGACCUUCAGUGGUGUACCACAAGAAGCACUACUGACCAUGGGUAUGGAUAUUCCACCGGCAUGGCUUGUUGCACCAAAACAAUCCGUACAUGAUCUGGACAACAUCAAAUUGAGUUCAGUCAAAUCCGAUGUGGAAGCUUUGUAUGAGCUUGAACAUAUCUUGAUAGAAGGGCACUCGCGUGAGGUUUCUGACGGCGGCGCCCCUCGCGGAGCACAGCUUGUUUUGGGAACUGAAAAGAAUCCUCAUUUUGCCGACACAAUCAUUAUGGCAAAUCUGGGUUAUUUCCAAUUCAAGGCAAAUCCAGGCUUCUACAAGAUUGAUUUGCAGGAGGGUAGAAGUUCGGAAAUUUUCAACGUUGACAGCAUUGGGUCUCUAGGCUGGAGCCCAGUGCCCGGGGAUGAGAGCACAGAAGUUGUGUUAAUGAGCUUCCAAGGUGCCACUCUCUACCCUCGACUAUCACGAAAGCCCGGCAUGGAGACCGAAGAUGUUCUUGUGUCAAAUGAAGACUCCGUGAUGGACUUUGUCUCUCGGGGACUUAAUUUUGCUCAAGGGCUCUUGGGUAAGAAGCCCGUCAUGGCCAAAAAGGAGCACGCUGAGAUCAACAUCUUCUCCGUUGCUAGUGGACAUCUCUAUGAGCGAAUGCUGAAUAUCAUGAUGGUUUCUGUCAUGAAGAAUACCAAGCACACAGUUAAAUUCUGGUUCAUUGAGCAAUUUCUCUCACCAUCAUUCAAAGAUUUCAUCCCAUACUUGGCCGAAGAGUACGGCUUUGAGUAUGAAAUGGUUACAUUCAAAUGGCCUCAUUGGCUUCGAGCUCAGACAGAGAAGCAACGUGAGAUCUGGGGAUACAAGAUUCUCUUCCUUGAUGUCCUCUUCCCCUUGUCUCUCGACAAAGUCAUCUUCGUCGACGCCGACCAGAUUGUUCGUACCGACAUGAUUGAAUUGGUCAACCACGACCUCCAAGGUGCGCCUUAUGGUUUCACUCCUAUGUGCGAUAGUCGAACCGAAAUGGAGGGAUUCCGCUUCUGGAAACAAGGGUACUGGGCCAAUUUCUUGCGCGGUCUACCUUACCACAUCAGUGCCCUCUACGUCGUCGACUUACACCGCUUCCGUGAAAUCGCCGCAGGUGAUCGACUUCGUCAGCAAUACCACGCCUUGUCCGCCGAUCCCAACAGUCUCUCCAACUUGGAUCAAGAUCUUCCUAAUCACAUGCAAUCUAUCUUGCCUAUACACAGUCUCCCACAGGAAUGGUUGUGGUGUGAGACAUGGUGUAGUGACGAGAGUCUGGCGGAGGCGAAGACGAUUGAUUUGUGUAAUAAUCCUCAGACCAAGGAGCCUAAGCUGGACCGCGCGAGGAGACAGGUUCCUGAGUGGACGGUUUACGAUGAUGAGAUUGCGGCUGUGGAUAGGAAGAGGAGGGGAGUGCCGGAACCGACGGCAGAGAAGAAGAAUGAGAAGAGUAGAACGCUGGAGGAGCUUCCGAAGACUUCUGCUGCAGAUGAGAAAGAUGAGUUAUAGAUCUUGCGUUUUGGGGGAUUUUGGAAAUGUUUUUGUAUGUAUGGAUGGAUGUACAUUAAGCACAAGAGAGUUUUUGAUGUUUAAGAUGCUAUGGCUUUUUGUAGAUACUGUGUCAAUACUUACACUUCCAUACUCU